GCGAUGCUGUCAGCGAAAGGAUUCACUGUGCCUGAAUAGAAGUAGCGGUCUUAUCCAUCCCAUAUAGACAUGAAAUGCUUUUUCUAAGACAUCUCAGCGGACUUGCCAGUUGCUAGAAGUAGCCUAGUUAUUUAUUUUAUUUCUAUAAUACGAUAUUAUAAAGUCCAAGAUAUUAGUUUAGUUAUCGACCGGGGUCAUAAUGCUACCGUCUUCAUCAUCGGGGCUGGUGCAGAUGGAAGGAUGUGGGGCGGAGGCGCGAGAUACCCAAAAAAUGCAGUGCAUGAAACUGACUGAAGAGAGAGAUGAAGCAGAGAGCCAGCUGAAACACAUCAAGAGAGUUUCCCAAAUGGUGAUCGAGGAGGUGAGCGUUCUGCAGACUCAGCUGGAGAUAGAAAAAUCCUGCAGAGAAAAUGCUGAGGCCCUUGCCACCAAGUUGAACAGUGAGAACAGGAAGCUGAAGUAUCUGAGCCUGUCGUCUCGACCCUGUCUGGAUGAGAUGCUACCUAGUAUCACAGACUGCAUACCUCUGGAAGAGGAGACGGACACACAGGACACCAGCCCUGACCCGUACAGCCAGUACCAACAGCAGGGUAAAGAGCUGCAGGAGACAGUGAGCACUCUGCUGGAGGAGAAGAAGUGGCUCGCCUGUCAGGUUCAGGAGCAGCAGAGACAGAUUGAAGAGCUAACAGCCCUGACUGAGAAGGAGCAGGCUGAAAUGAAGGAGCUUCACAAAACCAUGGAGCAGCAAAGCAAGACCAUCAAGAGGUUCAAUAGAGUGUCUGUGAUGGCUACUACAGAGUUUGAGGAGAUGAAGGAGCAGCUGGAUUUGGAGCAGAGCCUGAGGGUGAAGGCUGAGACGUAUGCCCACGAGAUGUUGGUGAAGCAGAAAGAGGCUAACAGACAGAGUAUGAUCCUGCUGCAGAACGCUGACCCCAGCCUUCAGCUGAUCAAGGCUCUGGAGGACGUGGCUAAUGUUACCAAGACUCUGGAGCAGGAGAGACUGCAGCAUCACCAGAAGGUGAAGGCUCUGGAGGCUGAGCUACAGGAGUACUCUCUGAAACAGCAGAUAGCAGAGCUGCAGAGCCAGCUGGAACUGAUGGAGGAGGAGAAGAGAGAGACAGAGGGAUGUCUGCAGGAAGUAGAGAAGAAGAACCGUGACCUAGAGAAAAGAGUGCAAGAGCUGCUGCAGGUCCAGAAGAGCACUGAGCCCUCACCAGGCCCUGAACCAGGGAUCGCCCCACCCCCCGCCCCUGUCCCCCAGCCGCCUCCACCCCCACCACCACCCCCUCCCCCUCCUCCCCCUCCCCCAUCGCGAUGCAACCCCCUCAGCUCACUGAUUGCAAUCAUGAGGAAAUCAUCCAAGGGUUCAAAGGGAGGAUCCCCGAAGUUGGAACAAACUCCUGGUGAAGGAGGUGCAGAAGGAGGUACAAAUGACGUCAAAGUGAAGGCAGUCAAUGAGAUGAUGGAGAGGAUUAAACAUGGAGUGGUUCUGAGGCCUGUCAAGGGAGGAGAUACUAAGAGAGUUGCCGUAAAACAACCUCCAGUAAUGGAAGAAAAGUUGCCACAGGAGAGUGCCAUGGAAGAACUGAAAGGCAUUCUGGAGACGGUGAAGAAGAGUCCCAGUCGGGGGUCUCAGGAGUCGGUCCCACUCCCCCCAGGGAAGAGCCCUGUCAGCAGUGAGCUGGAGGUCAUCCUCAGGAGGAGACGUAAACAGGCCUGUGACUCCAGAGAUGGAGAUGAGAGCAGGGAUGGACAAAUAAGCAAGGUCUCCUCCUCUGACAGCCUGAACGGGAGGCACAGCCAGAGCUCCCACAGCUCCGACAGCUCAGGCAAAGAGCCAGAGGGGCCUACAGGACCAGGGCCUGGGCAGAGCCCCAGAGAGCCAGCCUCCCCCAGCGGAAGAGGCCCUGGCCCAGCCGUAGCAGCCAGGCGCAGGUCAGACUCUGGCCAAGAGCCCCAAGCAGGGUCCUGGCAGGACAGGAGGUCCCGUACUUCUUUGUCUGAGAAAGAGGCCUACUCCGAGACGCCGGUAACCAAUGGAUGCAUUGUCAGUGGGGAGGAGCCUGAGAAGGAGAAGCCUGAGAAGGAGGAGCCUGAGAAGGAGAAGCCUGAGAAGGAGGAGCCUGAGAAGGAGAAGCCUGAGAAAUGGGCACCACCACAGACCAACGGAAUCAGCCACCUUAACCCUAGUCUGACUGUGGAGACAGACACGCAUGCCACACUCUCUCCCAGCCUCUCCGCAGUGCCCAACCCACUCAGCGGGAAUGGGAGUACAGAUGCAGAGUGUUGAAGGUCGGCUCCAGAGGUCCCUGGGCAAACAGGAAGGCAGGCGUGCUGAGGAAAGCUGCACAAUUUGCACAGAAUCUCAGUUAUCUGCAGUUAGAGACACUUCAUAAAAAAAAAGUGUUAGGUUAUUUUAUUUGAUGCGCAAACGAUCUCAAUCGGAUGUGUCUUUGUGUCAUCAUCUGAUGAAAUGCACUGUUUUAGAAUCCAACCUUUUUUGAUCAGUUCUUUCUCUUCUUCCUCACAUCCUGUUAUAGUGAACAGGAAUUGAAUGAUACUUCUAAUCUACAGUAUAGCACAAGCUUAUUUGAUGCAAGUUCUGCUUCUCCCUUACUUUUCCUGAAUCUAAAGAAGACACUAUCCGACAACCGUAAGACUUUCAGUACAGUCACUGCUUACUUUAUGCAGUAGAACGGCCACCUAAACAUCGAUACAGAACUAUGUUUACCAUCUGGGUCAUCAUUAGCAAAUAGGAUACAGAUAUUGCACAUUACGAAGGUACUUUUGCUAUUUCAAACUGUUUCAGUUUGUGAACUAUCUUUAAUGUGUAAUCGAUGCAACUACAGCGUAGGGAUGCAAAUGAAAGCCGUGCACAUGUUUCAAUCAAAAAUAGCCUGACGUCCUUGAGGAAUUAGGUGCUUGUGUACUCAGUCUACCUCGUAUUAGACACACUUGCCUCUUGACUAUCCUAGCAAUGGCACAACAUUUGUAAAUGACUUCCACCUACAUUCCCAAGCUGUAUAAGGUGCUUUGUUCAUAUUUGCUGGGAUACUCCCAUUGUUUCAUUACGGCUGUAACCAGAUUUCAUCCUGUGUGUCUUAUCCCACCUGUAUUAUGUUAGUAGGUCAUGCUUUCAGAUAUAUAGUACAACCUAAAACAACUGGAUUAAACAGUAUGCAAACUUAACUGAUACAGCAACUUAAUCUAAGAAAUAAAUACAUUUGAAGGCUCAUAGGACAGUCACUCUCACACCCAUCAUGACAUUGUAAAUGUUUUCUUAAAGAUACAGAAACGACAUUGAGAGCAUUGACUCUAUUUUAAGUCAUUUCCUUCUUUCAUGUUUUCCAGAUGCAAUUGUUUACUAAGUCUUAAACCUGUCACCAUUUUCAAGCAGCUGACGAACAAGGAAAUAACUGGACUGAGUUUGUGUGAAUCUGUUUGGGAUUUGAAAAUGAAGUGUUUAUGUUUUUGUUUUCUUAAACAUUUACAUUGAUAUUCAUUUUUCAAUUGUAUGAAAUAAAAUGAGCCAAUAAAAACAACAAGACUUGUACUUGUA